AUGAAACAGUUAUUUACUAUCAGUGGACGAUAUGCUGCCACUGAGGAUGUAUCAAUUACACCACAGGCACUCGGUUUAUCAUGGAAUACACGUUUAAAAGGUUUUGGCAUAUGUUUACUUAUUGCUUUGAUACUUGGCAUUGUCGCGGUUGUUAUCUAUUUUCUUAGUGGUAAUAUCUCUGGUUUUGCCGUUCUUUAUAGUUUUGCAGUUAUUUUUGGUCUUGCAUCUACACUGUUUUUAAUGGGGCCAAUGAAUCAAUUAAAGAAAAUGUUUGAUCCUUCUCGAUGUAUUGCUACAAUUAUUUUUCUUGUAUGUGUUAUCAUGACACUUGUAUCAGCUAUUGCCAUAAAAAUAGCUGCUCUUGUUCUUUUAUUUAUUAUUCUACAAUUCCUUGCUCUACUGUGGUAUACACUUAGCUACAUUCCAUUUGCGCGUACAAAAAAAAGCCCAUUAAUUUCUAUACCAUUCCUUAAAAAACGACUGCGACGUAUAACUGCUUUAGGUCUUCAUAAUUUAACAGUAAAUGAAUUUAAUUUUACUGUUCAUUUUACCUUACAUCGAAAUGAAACUACUGUUGCUUUUUAUACAAGUGAAUCAGUUGUAAAUCAACAUAGUCCAGAAUGGUCCUACCUGAAAUUUCCAACCACUGUGCAAUGUUUACAAGAAUUCUUCAUGCGUGUAUGGAUAACAUCUUCAAAUCAUUCUCGUUUAUUUCUUGAAUAUGAUAUUCAUCUUGAUGAGUCUCUUAUUCCUGAUGAACAGAAAAAUGAAAUUAAUAAAGAUAAUAAUAGUCUUUGGCUUGAAAUGUUUGGUUAUCGAUUUACUGAUACUGAUGAUAAAACUAAUAUUCAAGAGAAUGAUGUAGAAUUUAUAUCAACCGAUAAGAAAAAACGUAUUUCAUUUACUAAAUCAUAUAAUAAAUUAAGUAUAAUACGUAUGAAUAAUAUUAUUCAUGCAAUUCGUACUGAAAAACAAGCAUCAUUAGUAUAUUUACAACGACUACAAGCAUUUGUUGAUGCAAAUAAAGAUUAUCUAUCAAAAAUAAGAGAACGUGAAUCACGUCAAUUACAUAUUGAAAAUUUAAAAAAAUAUUUAUAUUUUCAAACAUAUAUAUAUCAACAACGUUUAAAUGCUAAUCAACAAAAACAAAAGAACAUUGAAGAAAGAAAAAAACAAUUAAAUCAUAAUUUAUCACAAUUAAUUGUUGAACAAGAAGUGAUUAAUUUAUAUAAUAAUAAUUUAAAUCAAUCAAAAUCUACUCUUCAUACUUUAACACAAAUAAUCUCUUAUCGACAAAAAGAAAUCAUAAAUGAAAUCUAUCAUUACAUUUAUCCCAUUGAUAAUGAUAAUCAAAAUGAAUAUUAUAUAGCGAAUAUUAAAUUACCCCAAGCAGAUUCUAAAAUCUAUCAAUCUGGAUUGUAUCGAGAACACGAUCAUGAAAUAGCGGCAGCUGUUGGAUAUUGUUCACAUUUACUUCUUAUUAUUUCACAACUUAUUCAAUUACCAUUGAGAUUUCCUAUUGAUUAUCAUGGAACAUCAGCAAUUAAAAUAUAUGAUUAUAGUUUAGAAAUAAAUGAAUUUCCUCUGUAUCCUACAACUAAUCUAAGUGCUUUUCGAUAUGGUUUCUAUUUACUCAAUCGAAAUAUUGGUCAAAUUAUGUAUCAUUAUCAUAUAGGUGAUCGUAAUACUGAUUUUCGCAAUACAUUAGAAAAUUUAAAGGAAUUAAUUGAACAGUAUUUUAUUAAUUCAACUAAUAAUAAUCAAAUUCAACAUUAUCCUGCACUUCAAACGAUGAAAUCAACUAAUUAUAAUAAUAAUGAUGAUGAAGAUUUCAUUGGUAAAAAACAAAAUGCCAAUGUUUCAUCUUUAUCAUCUUUUUCAUCAACAUCAUCUCUUAAUGAGAAUAAUGAUUAUGAUCAACAUGGAGAUAUGGAACUAUUUCCACAAAUCAAAACAAAUAAACCUCGAUUAGCCAUGCAGAUUUCACAACAACAAUACGAUUAA